CCUAACGAGCGAGGGCCGCGGGUUUCGGAGAAAACAUAACCCCGCUUCAGCUAUUCAGCAGAAGAAGAAGGAGGAGGUGGAGGAGGAGAUGGGAAGUGAGAAGAAGAAAAGCCCUAAUAAGAAGAAGCUACCGCUCAACCCCAACUGGGCUCAGCUUCAGCAAAAGCUGAAAAUCCAUGGCUCUAAGUUUCCCAGGCCCUCAACCGAUUCAGGAACGGAACCCUUCAACCCAAUUUUAGGGAAGCGUAAGGAGAGGAGGGAAAUAGAGUCUGAUGAUUCCAAGCUUAAUAUUCUCGCACCAAUGAAUGAUGAUUUCAGUCUGACAGAUGUGGUGGCAAUGGAUUGUGAAAUGGUUGGAGUUGGUCAAGGAAACAAAAGCGCCCUUGGAAGAGUAACUCUGGUAAAUAAAUGGGGAAAUGUUCUAUAUGAUGAGUUUGUCCGCCCAGUGGAACGUGUUGCUGACUUCCGUACACAAAUUAGUGGCAUUCGGCCUCAAGACUUGAAAAAAGCAAAGGAUUUUCAAGUUGCUCAGAAGAAAGUGGCAGAGUUGAUUCAUGGAAGGAUCCUUGUGGGCCAUGCAUUACGAAAUGAUCUUAAGGCGUUGCUAUUAAGUCAUCCUAAGAACGACAUGCGGGAUACUUCGGAGUAUCAGCCCUUUCUUAAGGAAAGGCACAGAAAGGCUCUUCGGCAUCUUGCGGCUGAAUUUCUUGGUGUGAAUAUACAAUCUGGGGAGCACUGCCCAAUUGAAGAUGCUCGGACUGCAAUGCUGCUUUAUCAAAAUAACAGAAAAGAAUGGGAGAAGAGUGCCAAAGAUCAAAUGCGACUCAAACAGAAGCAGAAGAAACGGAAGCCGAAGAAGAAAAUAAAGGACAGAGAUGCUCUGGAAAACAAUCAUGGUUCAACACCACCUUAGAAUCCACUGCUUCUAUAGAAGGUUCUUCCAGCAUUUUGUAAGCCGACACGUCUACAUUUGUUGCAACACAAGGUAACAGGAUGCAGCAGGUUGACUUUAUUAUGCGAGAACUCUCAACUGUUGCACUGAUCAAUCAAACAACGAUGAAUGUAAUUGACCGACACCUAAGUGUGUGUGUGUACUUACCCCAAGUGUAGGGUAUCGUCAAGUAAUAAACCGGUGAGUCCGGUAUCGAUCCACGAGGAAGCAAUGCAAAUUUGAA